AUGAAGAUCUGUGUGUUUCGAUUGCAGACCCAUCAGUGGUGUUUCCUAUUGUGUAACGUCAUCUUGUUUCACGCGCUGCUGUUUGGAGGUGACAUAGUCGAAGAGUUUCUCUUGCAGUCUUCUCCCGCUGCCUACACUGAUCGCUUUGUCCUUGAGGUCCGGGAGCGUGCACGCAAACUGGACCUGACUGAGACCAGGGUCAACACCUCGCAGCUCUAUCCCAUUAACACCGAACCGUGCCUUCAUCAUCAGGACCUCCUCAUCCUCACGGUGGUCAUGAGUUCCCCUGGUAACUUAAGCCAGAGGGAGGCGGUCCGAAACUCCUGGGCCAAUCAGACUUCGGUGCACCGUGUUGCUGUGCGGACGUUAUUUUUCACUGGCCCCUCCCCUUUAGGGGCGGAGCAAGAUAUGAUGAGGGAGGAGUCGGCUCGGUAUGGUGACAUCGUUCAGUUCGAAGGAGGUGUUUCAAGGGGACACUGGCAGAGAGGACACUGGGAACAAGUUAAAAUGUCGCUUCGCUGGAUCCUACUUUUUUGUCCACAAGCCCGAUUUAUCAUUCUUUCUGAGGAUUCUGUGUAUUUAAAUCUUCCUGCGCUUACAACAUACCUGCUGGGACUGAGAACAAAUCCGGAUGACCUUUACCUGGGCAGGGUCAUCCAUCGGGCCGCACCUGAGAGAAACCCCGACAAAUCGUAUUACCUGCCCUAUCACGUGUAUCCUGAUAAAUACCUUCCCGACUACUGCUCUGGUCCGGCCUUCCUUCUAUCUCAAGACGUUGUGAGAAAAGUGUAUGUCGCCGCACAGGACGUAUCGCUGCCCCUUCCCUCCGACGUUCUGAUUGGCCUGUGUGCAAGACGGGCAGGCGUGGUGACCACUCACAGUGCUCGAUUUUCUGGCGACCGACACAUUCGCUAUAACCCCUGCUGUUAUAACUUUCUAUUCAGCUCGGCAGGAAUGGGGGCGGGGCUGAUGGGCGUGGCCUGGAGGGAUUUAGGGGCAGGGAAAGGGAGGAGCUGCGGCAUGCUGGAAACGUAUUAUAGCUUGGUAGUUUGCAAAGCAAUGACCUACCUGGAUAAACUCUCGUUUCUGAAUAACGACAACACCCAGGGCUAG